AUAGAGUUAAAAAAUGUAGAUUCGGCGCGGCAAAGCAACGAGGACCUUGAAGGCGCGGGAAAACCUUCCAAGCUCGAUGGCAAGAGACCUUUAAGGGAAAGACUAAAAUUCUUCAUCACGGAGUACUCAUUUCAAGUCAAGGCAGUCAUUAUAGCAAAUGUAUUACUGAUCAUAAGUAUCGCAGCCAUUUGUGUUAGUGGUUUGGAUAAAGCCCUACCUCUGUUCAUCAUAGCAAUGGUCCUGUGGUUCUUUCUCGUUUACAUGUUCGUUCGCGAUUUCUGUGGUGAAAGGAUCUACAUCUCUUGUUGUCUGCCAGUUCUCGUCGUAGUCAACAGAAACUGGAAAAUCAUAAGAUGGGUGGUGUUAGUUAUCGCACUGGCGCUCUUUGCUGUAUGGUUAUGGUACGAUACUUCGAGAAACCCAAGAAAACUCAUCUCCCUUGGAGGCAUGGCUGUCUUCCUAGGAACCAGUUAUCUGUUCUCCGCUAAUCGAAGAAAGGUUCGUUGGCGGCCGGUGAUAUGGGGUAUCGCCCUACAAGUGAUCUUUGCCUUCGUUAUUUUACGCACCACACACGGAUAUUCAACGUUCAAGUUCAUCGGAGAUCAAGUCACUGUCUUCCUGGAUUAUACCAACCAAGGCUCGAAAUUUGUGUUUGGUGAAGAUUACGAAAAACAUACGAUUGCGUUUAAGAUCCUUCCCGUCAUCAUCUUCUUCAGUUCGGUUAUUUCUGUUCUCUACUACCUGGGUAUCAUGCCUUUAAUGAUAUCCAAGAUAGCUUGGCUCAUGCAAAUCACUAUGGGAACGUCUGGUGUUGAGUCUCUAACAGCUGCUGGAAACAUCUUCGUUGGUCAGACAGAAGCCCCACUGAUGAUACGACCGUUCCUGGCUCAUCUAACUGAUUCCGAACUCCACGCGGUCAUGACAAGCGGCCUGGCUACCGUGGCAGGUGGUGUAUUAGCGAUUUACAUAUCGUUUGGUGUCCAGGCCUCUCAUCUGAUCACGGCCUCGGUUAUGUCGGCACCAGCGGCACUCGCUGUUUCAAAGCUGUUUUACCCCGAGACUGAUACACCAGAGACAGCAACACAAGAUGGGAUCCAUGUGGAAAAUGAAGGAGAGAAGAAUGUCAUCGAGGCUGCUGCCAAAGGAGCUUCCACGGCUGUCAGUCUUGUCGCUAACGUCGGCGCCAUGCUCAUAACAUUCUUUGCUUACAUUGCAUUCUUCAAUGGAGUCCUCUCCUGGCUUGGUGGGCUGUUUGGAUAUCCUGAAUUAAGUUUUGAGAAUAUCUGUUCUUAUAUCUUUGUACCUGUGGCGUUUCUGAUGGGUGUCGAACCGCAAGAUUGUCGAGCUGUUUCUAAAUUUCUUGGAAUCAAAGUGUUUCUUAACGAGUUGGUUGGAUACGUAGAAAUGGCACCUUACAUCAAGAACAGAGGUUCCCCAAAUGGUGGCCCUAGUAUAUCGGCACAUUCGGAGGUUAUCGCUACCUACGCCUUGUGUGGCUUCAGCAACUUUUUAGGCCUGGGAGUGCUUCUUGGUGGACUGGGUCCGAUGGCACCAACUAGAAAGAGGGAUAUGGCGAAGAUAGCAAUAAGGACCCUAGUGGCAGCUAACAUUGCUUGCUUUAUGACAGCUUCUAUUGCCGGGUUUUUAUAUGAUGAUUCUAUGGACAAAACCGCACCAUUCGGCAAUGGAACAUUGGCAAACUCUACAUCAUCAUAGGGCUUUGAAACUUGAAUCGACUGGAACAACAGAAGGGGAGAAGAAAUAGUCUUAUGAAAUAAAGAAUUAUACAAAGGCAGCAUUAAACAAAGAAGGGUGUUGUAUAGAGGGGUAUUAUGAUGACCAUUUGAUGACUGCAGAGCACCCAAGAGGGCCAUGAUUUGAAAACAUAAGACUAGUAUACAAAAUGGCAUAGCCCCCUAACCCCUCCCCCUCAGCGGUCCUUCACAUCAUUUUUCCUGCCCCAUGACUUAGCUGCUAUAAGACCCCUAUAGAGCGUUUUCACUCACAUGAGAAGGCAGCCAUACACAAUAGAAACUUUCUGCACAGUAUUUGCAUAAAAAUAGAGUUCAAUUCCCGGAUGAUAGAAAAUGUAUUGUUUUGGUACCCCAUAAUGGCCACUGUGACGUCACGUGAAAACCCUCUAUAUUAACUGCAUUAAAGAUGAUUAUAAGGCAUAUUGAUGCUUGGUACCUGUUGUAACGAAGCCUUCAUGUCCUCUCUUAAUAUGUUUGUGGCUUUAUAGUGAUAUUACGAUGAGUAUAGGAAGUAUAUUCCCGACUAGCUGCUGUAAAUACCUGAAAGAAAGAGGAUGGACUUGGAGGAGAUGAAAAUAUUGUGAUCAUCUGAUUAAUAACGACUGCAAAGAGUUACAACCUAGAAAAAAAUUAAAGAGAAAUAUUUUUGUA